AUGAGGACUUCAAUGUUGAGAUCCAUCAAAUCCCUAACCACCUCUCCAUCAUCUCACGUCCUUCGCCGUGGUUACGCCUCGGAGGCCGUUCCUGAUCGCAAGGUCGCCGUCCUCGGCGCCGCUGGAGGGAUUGGUCAGCCACUUUCUCUGCUCAUGAAGCUUAAUCCUCUCGUCUCCAACCUCGCUCUCUACGAUAUUGCUAACACACCCGGUGUCGCCGCCGAUGUCAGCCACAUCAACACCCGAUCUGAGGUUGUUGGGUAUGCAAGUGAUGCUGAAUUGGGGAAGGCCUUGGAGGGAGCAGAUGUUGUUAUCAUUCCAGCUGGUGUCCCAAGGAAGCCGGGAAUGACCCGUGAUGAUCUUUUCAACAUCAAUGCUGGGAUUGUGAAGGGUCUCUGUGAAGCAAUUGCUAAGUACUGCCCUAAAGCACUUGUUAAUAUGAUCAGCAACCCAGUGAACUCAACAGUCCCUAUUGCUUCUGAGGUUUUUAAGAAAGCAGGAACCUAUGACCCAAAAAGGUUGUUUGGUGUGACUACCCUUGAUGUUGUUAGGGCCAAGACUUUCUAUGCUGGAAAGGCCAAGGUGCCAGUUGCAGAGGUUAAUGUACCAGUUGUUGGUGGUCAUGCUGGCAUAACCAUUCUCCCACUAUUUUCACAAGCCACACCAAAAGCCAAUUUAUCAAACGAAGAGAUUACUGCUCUUACAAAGAGAACUCAAGAUGGUGGGACAGAAGUUGUGGAAGCAAAGGCUGGAAAGGGCUCAGCAACAUUGUCAAUGGCCUAUGCAGGAGCCAUUUUUGCUGAUGCUUGCUUGAAGGGGCUCAAUGGAGUUCCAGAUGUGGUUGAAUGUUCAUUUGUUGAAUCAACUGUCACUGAACUUCCUUUCUUUGCUUCCAAGGUGAGGAUUGGAAAAAAUGGUGUGGAGGAAGUUCUGGGGUUAGGUGCUCUCUCUGACUAUGAAAGGGAAGGUUUAGAAAAGUUGAAGCCUGAGCUCAAAUCAUCUAUUGAGAAGGGAAUCAAAUUUGCCAGCCAGUAA